AUGCUUACAUAUAAUGACAGUAGACCGGAUUCUCCAGGAGCUAACCCCAUUACCCCAAUUAUACAUCCAACUCUAUUUGCUGAUUCUGGGAAAUGUUCUCCUGAUCACUCUGAUAUUGAUGCAUCUGUUACAGCUCUGACAGUAGAUACAGAGUUUCCCUGUUCUAUAGAUGCCAAAUGUUUUACACAGAACACAAAGCUUAUUACCCAUCAGACAGCUAAGGCAGGACAGAGGCCAUUUCCAUGUUCUGAGUGUGGGAAAUGUUUUACAUACAAAUCGCUUCUUGUAAGACAUGAGAGAAGUCACACAGGUGAGAAGCCAUUUCCAUGUUCUGAGUGUGGAAAAUGUUUUAUACAAAAAUCAGCUCUUGUUAUACAUGAGAGAAGUCACACAGGUGAGAAACCAUUUUCAUGUUCUGAGUGUGGGAAAUGUUUUGCACUUAAAUCACAUCUUGUUAUACAUCAGAGAUGUCACACAGGUGAGAAACCAUUUCCAUGUUCCGAGUGUGGGAAAUGUUUUACACUGAAAUCACAUCUUCUUAGACAUGUGAAAAUCCAUACAGGUGAUAGGCCAUUUCCAUGUUCUGAGUGUGGGAAAUGUUUUAUAGAUAAGUCACAUCUUGUUAGACAUGAGAGAAGUCAUACAGGUGAGAAACAAUUUCCAUGUUCUGAGUGUGGGAAAUGUUUUAUAGAUAAGUCACAUCUUGUUAGACAUGAGAGAAGUCAUACAGGUGAGAAACAAUUUCCAUGUUCUGAGUGUGGGAAAUGUUUUCUAGAGAAAUCACAUCUUGUUACACAUGAGAGAAAACACACCGGUGAGAAACCAUUUCAAUGUUCUGAGUGUGGGAAAUGUUUUGGACAGAAAUCAUAUCUUGUUACACAUCACAGAAGUCACACAGGUGAGAAGCCAUUUCCAUGUUCUGAGUGUGGGAAAUGUUUUAUACAUAAGUCACAACUUGUUAGACAUGAGAUAAGUCAUACAGGUGAAGAACCAUUUCCAUGUUCUGAGUGUGGGAAAUGUUUUAUAGUUAAGUCACAACUUAUUAGACAUGAGAGACAUCACACAGGUGAGAAGCCAUUUCCAUGUUCUGAGUGUGGGAAAUGUUUUGUACAGAAAUCAGAACUUGUUACACAUGGGAGAAUACACACAGGUGAGAAACCAUUUCCAUGUUCUGAGUGUGGGAAAUGUUUUAUACAAAAAUCAAAUCUUGUUCGACAUGAGAGAAGUCACACCUACAAAGGGCAAGGCUUCAGCGUUACCAUCCAACAUGGGGGAAGCUUUCUCUCUGACCUCUCAUUACACAACGUAUCCUGAUCCCGGCUCUAUGUGACCUCUCACAUCUAUCAUUUGUGUCACAUUACAUCUCAUACCUGUAGUUUUAUGUUUCUGUUGUUUCCCUGUUACCUGUUCUGUAAGAUCACCUGCUC